CAUCAGGCAGCUUGGCGUAUAGUGUGCAGUUGGCCUCUGUAGCAGCAUGAAAGAAGGCAUUCCGUUCUGCCGCGUUCCGGGCGACGUCACACAGACAAUCACCAGCUACCUGGACUCACCCUCCGCCCUCUCGCUGCGCCUUGUCGACAAAUGCCGCGCCGCCGCCCUCACUUUGGCGUCGUUAAUCGCCCUCUUCAGCAGCCUGCUGGCCAGCAUCGCUAACGAUGCCGAAUUGGAGGGUCUACUCCAGGUGCCCAUCCCGCAGCUGCCGCUAAACAGCGACUUGAGCCACUUCUACACAAGCGGCAUCACCCGCUGGCUGUUUCAUCAGCUCAUCUCUCGACUCUGCAUCUUGGAUAACUGCGGUUUGUCUCGAUGGCGGCUGCCCCUGCUGAUGCUGUACUACAUCAGAGGUCGGCGGCCCCUGGUGCUAGAGAAAAAGAACUUUGGCGUCUUCGAUUCCGUCGCUGAUGCCCUGCGGCAGCCGGAGGCGAAGCGUCAGUGGUCUGUGAUGAGCCACUGCCUGCAGCUGAGUCUCAGCCAGGGUGGUGCGCAGCCUGUGAUGGAGUAUGGGCGCAUCAGCAGCCCAUCCAACAUCCGCCACCACCUGCGCAUCGCUGUACGCGACAGCCCCAGCCCGCUCUGCCCUGAUGCAUUCGACCCAAAGGACCCCACCACGGAGAUCGACCAGACAGACACCGUCUUCCACACCUACAGUGGUGCGCAGCAAGCAAGGCGACAGACUUGUGUGUGUAUAUAUGAAUGUGGCCUCCAUGCCAUGUGUCCAUGUGUCUGAUGUGGUGGGGUUCAUUCGUGCAGGCAUGGUAGCGUUCACCCUGGCGGGCCUCUCCCGCCGGCCCUCGGGGCGAGAUGCCAUUAGACCGAGGGCCACCCCCGGGACGGCCGUGAGCUUCCUGUGGUUCGCCCGCGAUCGCAGUUCGGCCAUCGCUCGGUGGGUCAGGGCCGUGCUCGAGUACCCGGCAUCAGCCCUGCCCAUGCGCGUGUACGACAAGGUGCUGCGUCGAGGAACUGACCGCAGGUCUGUGAGCGAGCGGGGCACGUCCAUCGAGAUCCGCAACAGCCGAUACCGCCUCAUCGUGGUGACCACAAGCACACAGCAUGGGCACUUUGCGUGCGUCACAGUCGGAGAUUACCCAUCGUUGGUCAGUGGGCUGGCAGGGACUUGUCGGUGCUCAUAUGAGCGCGCGUGAAGGUUGCGUGUGUGUGCACCACAGGACAUCUAUACGACAGAGCAGCCGCCCUUCACCGCCACCCGCGCCGCUUUGCAGAUGCUGCUGGGGCAGCAGGCGGCUGAUGAGGUGUGGUGGUCGCUGGUGGACGACGAGCAUGUCACGGUGCAUGUCUGAGGCAGAGAUGGAGAGAGAGGGGGCUGCCUGGGUGGAUGGGGUGACAGGUAGACAAAUAACAGAUAGGGGCCGCGGAGGGCGGAGCCUGCCUGCCUGGGUGGGGUUGUUUUGUUCGGUUUUGUCUUGUGUGUGUGUGUGUGUGUAAAGACCCUGUGUGAACAAGACCACGUGUGUCAAAAGCUACUAUGUAUGAUGAUACCA